AUGGCACCCACCAUUCCUCUGUUUCCACUGUAUCUAGAGCCAAGUCCUAUGCACAAGUUGCAUCCUCCCCUACUUACUAAACAUGUUACAUUUGACACUAAUGUUUCGAAACCUACUAAAUCUUCAUGUGCAAAAUCUGUUAGCCAACUCCAAAAUAAGAAACAUACUCCGAGUCCUUGUCCUACUCCAAUAAUACCUACAAAAGACGAGUCAUUUAGAACAGAAAGAAAUUAUCCAGUCUACGAAGUAACAACAAAUUCACAGAAAAGAUACUUACCUCAUGUUAGUCUCAAUACCCAAGUCAAUCAACAACCGCUUAUAUUUCUUGUUGAUACAGGUUCCUGCGUAAGUUUGAUAAAGAAAACCUCGAUCACGUCUAUGCCAAAUCUCGUAGAUGAUAUAAUCCAACUCAAGGGAAUAAAUUCCAAUAACGAAACCGUACCUACUUUAGGUCAUUUUCAACUUCAAUUAUUUGUAGGCAUUGACACAGAUCUCGCUUAUCGAUUUCACGUUGUAGAGAAAAUAGAUUUAGGUUAUGACGGGAUAAUAGGUACCGAUUUUCUCAAUGAUUUAGAUGGCAUUAUAGAUUACAAUUCCGAUGUCCUAAAGAUCCGGAACUUCACUAUCAAAAUUGAUUAUAGUCGCCCUGUGUAUAAGAUAUUUCCCCGUAGUGAGACGAUAAUCGAAUGCACUGUCUCCAACCCAGAACAGAAAGUUGGAUUAAUCUUAGAUCAACACCUUUCAGACUCACUCUUAAUAGCCAAUUGCAUAGUUUCUGUAAAGAAUAAUAAUCGAGUGAAUAUAUCCGUAGUAAAUACAUCGGAGGAACUAAUAACUUUAGAUUCUGAUAUUAAAGUUAGAAUACAACCCCUCCAUGUCAAUUCCUUCCAAGUAGACCCUGAUAUCACCUCUGCUAAAUCGACAAUUUCUCGUAGGGAAGAAGUACUAAAUCUAUUAAGAACUGAUCACUUAAAUGAUGAAGAGAAAAACUCCUUAACCGAUAUUUGUUCGCAAUAUUUUGACAUUUUUUAUUUACCAGGUGACAAACUGACUACUACUGACCUUCUUAAACAUGAAAUAAAUACACAUCCCGCUGAGCCAAUUAAUGUGAAAUCUUACCGUUUCCCUGAGAUUCAUAAAAAAGAAGUAGACAAACAGAUUUCUAAAAUGCUCUCACAAGAUAUCAUUAAACCUUCAACUUCACCCUGGUCAUUCCCAAUUUGGAUUGUACCUAAGAAAUUAGACUCUUCAGGGGAGACCAAAUGGCGCAUCGUGAUAGACUAUCGAAAACUCAAUGACAUAACCGUAGGUGAAAGUUACCCAAUUCCACAGAUUAACGAGAUUUUAGACCAACUAGGACAGAGUAAAUAUUUCACUACACUUGAUCUUUGUUCUGGUUUUCACCAGAUAUCCAUUUCAGAAAAAGAUACCCCUAAAACAGCUUUCACUGUCCCUCAAGGACAUUUCGAAUUUAAACGUAUGCCAUUUGGGCUAAAGAAUGCCCCUGCAACCUUCCAACGGCUUAUGAAUACUGCGCUAGCAGGAUUACAGGGUAUACAUUGUUACGUCUACUUAGACGAUAUAGUCAUCUAUUCCCAUGACCUAAAUUCCCAUUGUGACAAGCUUUGUAAGAUUUUUAGUAAAUUACGUCAACAUAAUUUAAAGUUACAACCAGACAAGUGCGAAUUUCUACGUAGAGAGGUCGGAUAUUUGGGCCAUGUAAUCAGCGAAAACGGGGUUAGUCCUAACCCUGAAAAGGUUAAAGCCGUUUCCAAAUUCCCAGUACCAAAGUGUCCUAAAGAUGUGAAGUCAUUUCUAGGACUUGUGUCAUAUUAUCGCCGAUUCAUUCCAGACUUCUCAAAAACUGCUAAACCGUUAACCACUCUGCUUAAAAAAGAUGUUUUGUUCAAUUGGUCAAUAGAACAACAAGCAGCCUUUGACGAUUUAAAAAAUAAAUUAAUUUCCGCUCCUAUCCUCAUUUACCCAGAUUUCACGAAUCCUUUUGUGCUAACAUGCGACGCGUCCAAUUAUGCUAUAUCUGCGAUACUAUCCCAGGGCGAGAUAGGUAAAGAUCAACCCAUUGCCUUUUCUUCAAGAACACUGAACAAAGCAGAAGUUAAUUACUCGACAACAGAAAAGGAAUGUCUCGCUAUCGUGUUUGGAACAAAGACUUUUAGACCAUAUCUCUACGGACACAAAUUUACCAUCGUCACUGACCAUAGGCCCCUAAAAUGGCUUUUUAACUGCAAAGACCCUGGCUCCCGGUUAGUUAGGUGGCGACUAAGGUUAGAGGAAUUUGAUUAUAAAAUUGAGUAUAAGAAGGGUAAGAUAAAUAGCAAUGCCGACGCACUCUCUCGAUUCCCGGUAAAUCCGAUACAAAAUCCUUUUGAUCAUCCCAUUCCUUCUACUUCCAGGCAAAGUCAGCCUUUCAGUCCAAUAACCCUUGAAGAUCUCGGUGAAAUACCCCUAAUUCCUAUUGACUCUGACAGCUUACCAUCCGUAGACCUCCUUGAUAAUGAGGACCUUUUAACAGACCUCUUGAACCCCGAGGAUAAAAAACAUUCACCUCGAAUUAAUGAUCCUUUAAAUCCACAAAUUACUCAGAAUCCCGAAGAAAUUACAAAUCCAUCCUUACCCAUUCCUGCGUCACCUGUUCCCACUAAUGAGAGCUAUUCUAGCUUUCUGAAAGCAAUAUCCAAUAAAUCUUUUAAUAGUAAUGCUAGAAUACAGGAAUACAAUGACAAUAUCCUCAAAACUAGUAGUAAACAUAUAUUUAUACCCACCUCAAUAGACCUCGACGAAUCAAAUCCAUACGUAGAACAAAUCUUAAGUGAAAUUCAAGAUCCAUCUGAAAUCUUACAAAAAGAAAGAACACUAUACACUUGUCUUUCCUUUGAACUUAACGGGAAAAAUAUCUACUUUCUUUUCACCAAAGUCUAUCAUUUUGAUAGCUGUACUUACGAGGAAAUUUUCAAAAGCCUUCUUUAUACUAAGUCUAUACUACUCCUUUCAACCACAUCUUCCACAGAACACGAAACUCAAGUAGCCUAUACUGACUUUCGUAAUAGCUUUGAUAAACACACCUGGUCCAGAAUUUACAAUAUGUUCUCUUAUAUUUUCACAAAUACCAACAUAGAAAUUAAGAUAUACCACGACCGCCUCAUAUAUCCUUCACUUUCAGAAAUACGUAAAAUAUUACACGACAACCAUGACAUACCUAUAGCAGGUCAUCUCGGAACCGCACGCAUGCUAAAUAGAAUAAAAGAGAAAUACUAUUGGAAAAACAUGCGUUCAGAUGUGGAAACCUAUAUAAAGAAUUGUUCAUUGUGCCAAAGUAAUAAAGCCCUUAGACAGACGAAUCGCGCACCCAUGCAAAUAACGACUACCUCUACAAAACCUUUUGAGCGUAUUGGUAUGGAUCUAGUCGGUCCUCUGCCCGAGGCAGGUCUUCAAUCUCUUAAAUACAUCCUUACCAUGCAAGACGACCUUACUAAAUUCUCCUUUGCGUAUCCCAUUGCCAACGCCACUUCCGAAGACACAUUCGAAUGCCUUGUUCAUUUUAUAUCACUAUUCGGAAUACCUAGGAUGAUUUUGACGGACCAAGGCACCAACUUCACUGCAGAAUUAUUUAAGAAAACAUGCGAAUUCCUUAAAAUAAAACAAAUUUGGUCCUCACCUUAUCACCCACAGACUCAAGGUGCUCUAGAAAGAAGCCACUCGACGCUCAAAGAGUAUUUGAAAUCCUAUGUUAACGAGAAUCACACAAAUUGGCAUAAAUAUGUUUUUACUGCAAUGUUAUCAUAUAACACGUCUGUCCACGCAUCCACAAACUUUACUCCCUAUGAACUCCUCUUCGGUCAUAAGGCAUACAUUCCUGAUUCCGUCUACGAACAACCACCUGAUGUAACUUAUCCUGAAUAUAUAAAAUUCCUUCAUCAUAGACUCAAAUUAUCCAGGGAAAAAGCAACCGAAAAUAUUAUUAGAUCUAAGGAAAGGUCUAAAGACUAUUAUGAUAACCAUUCACGGCCAGUUAGAUAUCAAAUAGGCGAUUACGUUUACCUUAAGAACCACGUGCGCCUACGAAAGGCUCUGUCACCCAUAUGGAAGGGACCGUACAAGGUAGUAAAAAUUAAUGGACGAAAUAGCCUUACCUUACUUAUAAACCGACGCCAUGUUACUCAUCACUAUGAUGAGGUUAAGCUCGCACCUAGGUCCAGUUCGCCAGAUUAG